AAUUAGUAACCCCGUUGGCAAAAAUCACCCGCGUUUUCUCUCCGAUGUAAACAAGCGAACGUGUCUUUCCUUCCAGCUGGUUCAGAAACUUUCUCUCCCUCUCCCUCGCUCUCCCUCGCUCUCCCACGCCCUCCCACGCCAAGGAAGCAGUGAGACCAAUGGCAACUCUAAGGUCUGGGAAGCAGGUUGGCGGCGGCGGUGGCGGUGGUGGUGGCGACGGCGGUGGUGGCGGUGGCAGGGAGGAGGUGGCAGAGGCAGUGGCAGUGAAGGAAAAGACAAACGCGCAUACAAGGAAGGUGGUGUUUGGGAGCCUACUGUUGGACUUACUGGGGUUCACAGUGGUGUUGCUCUUCCCUGCCCUGCUCGACUACUACGCACAUCACGACACCAGCGGCCUGUAUGCCUCCCUCCUCACCACCGUCACCACCUACCAGCACAUCAUUGGGGUUCCUGCCAGGUUCCAUUCGGUCCUGUUUGGUGGUCUUCUGGGUUCGCUGUUCUCCUUGCUGCAGUUUCUCUUCUCCCCGAUCACCGGAGCGCUCUCGGAUGUGUAUGGCCGGAAAAUUGUCUUCAUUUGUACACUGAUUGGCGUAGCGGCUUCCUAUGGGCUGUGGGCGGCCGCAAGCAAUUUUGCAGUGUUUGUCUUGGCUCGUGUGGUGGGCGGAGCUGCCAAAGGGAAUAUAUCUCUGGCUUACUCAAUUAUUACAGACAUUUCGGACGAGAAGACACGAGCAAGGGGCAUGGCCCUAAUCGGUGUGGCGUUCAGUAUUGGCUUCACCAUCGGACCGACAGUAGGGGCCAUGUUCUCCCGCUGGGGCAGUAGUGGCUGGUUCGCUGCCUCUGCUGUUUACGCCCUCACUCUCUCUCUUGCCAAUAUUUUUUUUUUUGCGGUGUUUUUCCAGGAGUCUUUGCCUGAGGCCAAGAGACGCAAAAAUAUUGGUGCCAGUUUGUCGGAAUCUUGGGAGCUGAUCAACCCCAGAGCUCUCUUCUCCUUCAGCUCCAUCAAAGAGCUCGGCAAGGAAGAACGAAGCAAGCUAAUCAAACUAGGACGUGUAUAUUUCCUGUACCUGUUCCUGUAUUCUGGCCUGGAGUUCACCCUGACCUUUGUGACCCACCAUAAACACAGCUAUGACUCCCUGGCACAAGGUCGCAUGUUCUCCUUCCUGGGGCUGGUCAUGGCAGUCACACAGGGAGGCUUCAUGAGGAAGGUUAAGGCUGGAAAUGAGAAAGCAAUUGCUAAUAAGGGGCUGAUGAUGAUGGUCCCUGCCUUCAUCCUCAUAGGGGCUAGCGGCACCAAUCUGGGGCUGUACUGUGGCCUGACGCUGUAUGCCAUAGGAUCUUCUAUGAUGGUGCCCUGCCUGACAGCCCUCGCCUCCUGCCAUGGCUCAGCUUCCCACAAAGGCACUCUUCUGGGCAUUUGGAGGUCUUUGGGAGCACUAGCAAGGGCAUUUGGACCUGUUGUGACAUCUAUUGGUUUCUGGGUGUUGGGGGCAGAAGUGUGCUAUGUGGUGGGCGGUGUGUCCAUGCUGGUGCCUUUGGUGAUGCUGCAGGCGUAUUGAACACCAUGCUACACCAUCAGCCUAUGCUCACCAUUCAUGCUGUCUUAGAUCUUACCCAUUCUCUAUGUUGGGCUAGAUAUCUUGGUGAGUUGGGCUGGAAUUGGCGGGUUUUUUGUGCAGUUGGCUAAAAUUGUCGUUUUUUGUGAUUUUGGGCUAGUUUUUUGGUAUGUUGGCUGAAAUUGGCUGUUUUUGUGUGGUUUUGGGGUAUGUUGGGCUGGAAUUGCUGUUUUUGUGAAGUUUGGGCGAGUUUUGGGGUAUGUUGACCUGAAAUUGGCGCUUUUUGUGAAGUUUUUGCUAGUUUUUGGGUAUGUUGGGCUAAAAUUGGCUGUUUUUAGAGGAACGACGAGUUUUGUUUGUUUUGGCCUGAAAUUCGCUAGUUUUUCAAGGGAAGUGUGUGUGUGUAGGCCUAAUAAGCUCCAUCCAGCCCCCUCAGCCUAUGCUAACCACGCAGU